ACCCUUCCGCGCAUCAUACUCCCACCUAUCAAACGCGACUCGCACAUUAUACUCGACUUAUGCACUGCGACGGGCUCCAUCGAACGCUGGGUUGUUCCCCAGAGCUUCGGAAAAUUGGAGUACAGAGAGGCGAGGAAGAGCGGGCGGGGUGACCUCUGGGCGCUUGGAGUGAAAGCCGGCACAAACCGAAACAUAAAGAUUGGUGGAGACAGAAGGAACACAAUGUCAAAGUUUGUCACAAUCAAGGACCCCCACCGUGAUGGGGUGAGGGUU